AUGUUACGCCUCCACCAAUCAUCACCAUCCACGUCAUCAUCUUCUUCUUCCUCUGGACAAAAUCUCAUGGAGCAAAAGCAGAGCUCCGCCCUACUCCACCACCGCCACCGCCUCUAUCAAGAACAGACCAAUUCUUGGCACAACCAAGACACCCGCCACGUGGACCUCCUCUCCGCCGUCGAUCUAUCUCACCACUUCCCUUACCACUCAAUCCCGAAACCCGAAUGGCAAUGCAACAGUAGUAGCUUGAUCAAUAGAGAAAAAAGAAAAGCACAGUUCGAUAUCGAAGAAAACAACGAAAAUAUAGUCAAAGCAGAGGAAGAGAAAUCGGAGAUCACCGCGAAAACCGAAAUGGAAACUUCCGGAAACACUUGUUCGAAGGAAAGCUCCAAAAUUUCCGAGGUUCAAAAACCUGAUUAUAUUCAUGUUCGGGGGAGACGGGGCCAAGCCACUGAUAGCCACAGCUUAGCCGAAAGAGUACGUUAA